AAACUAUGAUUCGUUGUGACAGAUACGAACUUGAACGUGCGAGAGGGUAGAGAUGCCUUUCGCAUGUUUUUAUCUCGAUUGUAAAUGCGACGGCGGGUGUACAUAGUUGGGAACGAUGCGGUAAUUCACGUUGUAGAAAUAUUCGAUCUAUCAACGUCACAGAUCAAACACAGAUAUGAGCUUAUGUCAUCAUUCUUGGCGGGAAUGGACGCUACGAUAGCGACGGUGAAUGAUCAUAUAACCUAAAACCAUCGAAUAAUAUUUGCACAAUGCAUCUUUUGUAAUAUAAUAUUUUAACACACACAUACAUCAAUAUACAAGACACACGGUAUGCUACAAGCAAACGCCUGUCGCGAUGGACAGGUAUGAAUUGACCUUGAAGAACGCAAUCAAUUUGAUUGCAUCGGGCGCUAUGAUUGUCGGUGGAAUUAUACCAUAUGUGCCGCAGUACAAGGAAAUCAAAAGAAAAGAGGAUGCAGAAGGAUUCUCUCUUUACGUUUGCCUCACCCUUCUAAUCGCCAACACCCUCCGUAUAUUAUUUUGGUUCGGUAAACAUUAUGAACUUCCACUUUUGUUGCAAAGUAUGCUUAUGAUUGUUGCAAUGUUUGUCAUGAUUAAGCUUUGUAUCAAUAUACAAAACAGAACACAGAUAAUUAAAGCAAAGGAACGGGUGUUCACAGAUUUAGAUCUUAGAUUCUUUUGGAAAUGGACGAAUUUCCAAUCCUAUGUGGCUUUUAUGAUUUUAUUCGCCACUGUUGGUAGCGUGUUAACGUAUUUAUUUUUGGAUAUACCAAUAUUUAUUGAAGUUGUUGGAUUAUUAGCAGUAUUGAUAGAAGCCAUGCUUGGUAUCCCUCAAUUCCUACGGAAUUCCUCAAAUAAAUCAACCGCAGGGAUGAGCAUAUCCAUGGUAGCUAUGUGGACAAUGGGAGACGUUUUUAAGACAUGUUACUUCGUCUUGAAGGAUACUCCGGUGCAAUUCCAAAUAUGCGGUGCUGUUCAGGUUGCGAUCGAUAUCGCUAUUUUAGGACAAGUGUAUAUCUAUCCGAAGAACAAUACAGCACAGAGAACGCCUAUAAGAGCGGAUUGAAGAUUGUUCGAUUGUUGGCGAGUUAUUUAUGCUUAUAUUUAUAUAUACAUACAAGUUUCCUUAACAUCUAGAUUUAUAAACAAGAUGUAAAAUUAAUAUAUUUUUAUAUCGACUGACUUGUGUGCGGGGAACAAGGUGUUUAUAUGCAUUUAAUACAGACCAAAUUUCGUAACAUUUUACACCAAACGAAGUGCAGUUAAUAUUUUGAUAACAAUAUUAACGCUUUACGCCAUUUGUUGCGUAAGUAUGCACACGGGUUUCACAUCGUCGCUAACUGUACAUUUAAUGCCAAAUGUAACCGUCUGUUCCUAAUUUUUAUGUUAAAAUAUAAUCAACACGUUGUAUUGGAACCAAUUGAUUGUACAACCACGUCUGCUUUCUAUGUAUUUAACGCGAGAGUAUUGAAUAAAUGGCGGGAAUCUAAUAACGUGGCCGUUGCUUAGCGACAAAACGUCAACCAAAUCCUGUGAGUAUAUGCAGGCAAACAUGGCAUAGCAUCCAUUCCGAGGAAAGAUGACAAAUUUUUAACAUUACCGGAUUAUUGUGUCGACCAAA